AUGAGUAAUUACAAAGUUACUUAAACUUCCGAAAACAAAAAUAAUAUUUAAAUUGAGUUUCCUGGACCUAAAAAUUCAUUAUAUGAAAAAGGAGUAUGGAUAGUUAAUGUAUUAUUACCUGAUUAAUAUCCAUAUAAAUCACCUUCUAUUGGAUUUUCAAAUAAGAUAUAUCAUCCUAAUGUUGAUGAAGCUUCAGGUAGUGUAUGCUUAGAUGUUAUUAAUUAAUCAUGGUCUCCAAUGUUUGAUUUAAUAAAUGUUUUUGAUAUAUUUCUUCCUUAAUUACUUUAAUAUCCCUCUCCACAUGAUCCUUUGAACCCUGAAGCAGCUGCUUUAAUGAAUAAAAACAUAAAACUUUAUGAAGCUAAAGUAAAAGAUUAUGUACAAAAAUAAGAGGAAAGUACAGAUAAUGAGAGGGAUUUAAGUGAUAUUUCACUAGAAGAUGUAAGUGAUUUAAGUGAAAAUGAAGAAAUUAAUGAAGAAGUUAUUAAUAGUUAUUGA